CUGAACAAAAGGGUGUUCAAAAGAUUGAAACUUGAUUCAAGUUUUUGAAAAAAGAUAAGAUCUUGCUAUGGAGUGUGGUUUAGAUCUGCAUGCAAAGAUGGUGAAUGAAACAGAACAAGAUGGUUUUGGAAAUUUAGAAGUUUCUGAAAGAGAUAUGUGGUUGAAUAAUACUACAAAUAAUCAUCAUGAUCAUGAUCAUGAUGAUGAUGUUAUUUUAGGUAUGAAUAUGAAUAUGAAUGAUGAUGAUGCAUCUAUGUUCUAUGUUGAUUUUCCACCUUUACCUGAUUUUCCAUGCAUGUCAUCAUCUUCUUCAUCUUCAUCAUCUUCAGUGCCUCCAUUGAAAACUAUUGCAUGUACUUCAACUACAACUACUACUACUUCUUCAUCUUCCUCGGCUUCUUCUUCCUCUGCAGCUUCUUGGGCUAUUUUGAAAUCAGAUCUUGAUGAAGUUCAUGGUGAGAAAAUCAAUAGUACUCAAAAUGGUUACAUGCAUCAUCCAUUAGAUCAUCAUGGUCAACAUGCAACAACUUUAUCUUCAACUGCAUCUAUGGAGAUUUCUCAACAACAACAAGAUCUUGGUGUUUCUGAUAACAAUCAUGUUGUUGUUGGUGGUGGUGAUUGCAUGGAUGAUGAUGGUAUUAUGGAUACUUUUGGUUACAUGGAACUUUUAGAAGCAAAUGACUUUUUUGACCCUGCAUCAAUUUUUCAAAAUGAUGAAGAAAAUCCUUUAGUUGAUUUCACACAAGAACAACAAGUUCAAGUGCAAGAUGAGUAUCAUCAUCAUCAUCAACAAGUUCCAAUGAUAAUGCAUGAUGAUAGUGAAACAAAACUACAAGAACAAGAAAAUAAUGAUGUUUUUGUUUGUGAUGUUACAAACAAUGAGGAAGAAAAUAAUUUUCUUCAAGGAUGUGUUGAUGAUGGUGUUGUUAAUGAUGAGAUGAGUAGUGUUUUUUUGGAAUGGCUUAAAUCAAACAAAGAUAGUGUAUCAGCAAAUGAUUUGAGAAAUGUGAAGCUUAAGAAAUCAACAAUUGAAAGUGCUGCUAGUAGAUUAGGCGGUGGAAAAGAAGGAAUGAAACGAUUGUUGAAACUUAUUCUUGAAUGGGUUCAAACUAGUCAUUUACAAAACAAAAGACUCAAAGAAGACACAACAUUAGCCUCAAAUCUUGCUCCUCAAACACAACAAUUUCAAGAUCCAUGUCAAAACCAAAACACAACAAACACUUUCGCACCUGUCGAAUCAAACGCUUGUUUUAACCAAUGGUUAGAUCAAACACAACCUCUCAUUGUACCACCGCAACAAUUUUCGCAACCAGUGGUUGGAGUUGGAUAUGUCGGUGAUCCUUAUAACACAAAUGGUUCGGUUUCGAAUAACUUUAACCCUUACCAACCUGCUGCUACUAAUGAGUAUCAUCAUAUGUUGGAAUCGAAUCAAUCAUGGGGUGCUUCACAGUUCAAUGUUGCAUCAAACUACAAUCAAUCAUUUGUUGAAAACAAUAACAGCAAUAUGAUUCAACCGCACGGUGUCAGUUUUGGAGGGUAUGGAAAUCAAUAUAAUUCUUAUCAGUUUUUUCAUGGACCUGGUGAUAGGUUAAUGAGGUUAGGUCCUUCUGCUACAAAAGAAGCUAGAAAGAAGAGAAUGGCAAGGCAAAGAAGGUUUAUAUCUCAUCAUCGGCAUCAGAAUAAUAAUGAUAAUCAGAAUUUUCAAGGUUCUGAUUCGCUUGCAAGAUUGGGAAGUGGUGAUAGUUGCACCAAUGUUGUUGGUGCCGGUUCUCAUGCAAAUCCAGCUAAUUGGAUGUAUUGGCAGACUAUGCCUGGUGGGGCAGCAGCUUCAUUGGCACCUGUUGCUCCGGUUGAGCCGACGCAGCCUCUGGUGGAUCGUGACCGCCACACCAUGCAUACACAGAAUUCUCAUCAGGGUCGAAAUGCAUCAGAUAAGAGACAGGGUUGGAAGCCUGAGAAGAACUUGAGGUUCCUUCUACAAAAAGUGUUGAAGCAAAGUGAUGUUGGAAGUUUGGGGAGAAUUGUUUUGCCAAAAAAAGAGGCAGAAACACAUUUGCCACAAUUGGAGGCAAGAGAUGGAAUUUCCAUUACAAUGGAAGACAUUGGAACUUCUCGAGUUUGGAAUAUGCGCUAUAGAUACUGGCCAAACAACAAAAGCAGAAUGUAUUUGCUUGAGAAUACUGGUGACUUUGUGAAAGCUAAUGGACUCCAAGAAGGAGAUUUCAUAGUGAUAUACUCUGAUGUGAAGUGUGGCAAAUUUAUGAUAAGAGGAGUUAAAGUGAGACAACAACAAGGAGCAAAACCAGAGGCAAAAAAAGCAGGAAAAUCACAGAAAAACCAGCAUGGGAAUAAUUCAGCAAUUCCAGCUGGAAAUGCUGCUGUGGAUAAUAAUGGAACGUCAUCUUCACCAAAGAGAAAAAAAUGA